AGAGAGAAUACAGUGAAAGAGUGCACAUCUCUUUGUACACUAUGUAAAAGUAGACCUACUGUAUGUUGUGCUCCUGCAGGAUGCUGUGGAGGUGAGAGAGAGAAUACAGUGAAAGAGUGCACAUCUCUUUGUACACUAUGUAAAAGUAGACCUACUGUAUGUUGUGCUCCUGCAGGAUGCUGUGGAGGUGAGAGAGAGAAUACAGUGAAAGAGUGCACAUCUCUUUGUACACUAUGUAAAAGUAGACCUACUGUAUGUUGUGCUCCUGCAGGAUGCUGUGGAGGUGAGAGAGAGAAUACAGUGAAAGAGUGCACAUCUCUUUGUACACUAUGUAAAAGUAGACCUACUGUAUGUUGUGCUCCUGCAGGAUGCUGUGGAGGUGAGAGAGAGAAUACAGUGAAAGAGUGCACAUCUCUUUGUACACUAUGUAAAAGUAGACCUACUGUAUGUUGUGCUCCUGCAGGAUGCUGUGGAGGUGAACAUAUCAAAUAAACAGACAUAUUUUGACCUGGACCCUGAGAUGCUGGAGAGAGGAAGGAGGUACCAGGUCAGAGUCCGGGUUCGAGCCGACCCAGACAAUUACCCAGCCUGUCAGUGGAGCGACUGGAGCCCCAGUGCAUCAUGGGUCUCCACUCUGGGCCAGAUGAAGCCAACAGAUAGUCCUGAUGUUCUAGACCAGGACUUUGUGGUGGUCACCGUGGUGGGAGCUGUUGUUGUACUGGUCCUGCUGGUCUCCAUGUUGCUCUGCAAAGGAAAGGUCAAGAAUAUUCUGAAUCCUCCUAUACCAGAUCCCUCCAGGUACUUUGAGGGCCUCAACCUCCAUCACGAUGGAAACUUCAAGGCUUGGCUGGGUCCUUUGUUCGCCUUUGAAGCCGACGACUCUGCCUUGCACCGUGAAGACAUCUCCCAGGUAGAGAUUACCAACAACAUUGGCACCAUCGCCCCCCUGAGGAGGGAGACCGGUACUGCACUACUACUGAAGAAGAGAUUGGACUUAAGCAACUUCUUAUCUCAAUUCUCCCAGCCUGGAUCCACCUCCAUCAAGCUGGAACCCUGCUCUGUACACUCCCCUUACGGACCAGUAGGGGGCACUACUGAAGCGAUAGAUGAGUGGAAGGAGGAGAACAGAGGAGAUAGGAUGGAUAGUAAUAGAGGUGUUUCUUCUUACGAGCGUGUUGAGAAGCUCCAGGCCGAGCGUCGGGCCCUCAUAAGCCCAGAUUCAGGCAUCGGCAGUGGGGCAGAGGAUCAGGAAAGUCAGGAGAGCGUGGAGGAUGCGCUUCCCUUCACCCUACCUGGGCCCAACUCUUGGCCCCUCAGAGCCCAGAUUCAGGCAUUGGCAGUGGGGGAGAGGAUCAGGAAAGCCAGGAGUGCGUGGAGGAUGAGGUCUGGCCAACUAUGA